GAAUUGAUGUUGGAGACCUCAAUCAAUAUGUAGGCUAUUGGUUCAUUCGAGUAACUUGAUGUAGUGACUCGGCCUGUCACCGCAGACUGCUCUCUUAUCUUAAAGCAUAAAGAAUAUAUUUAGUGACGUUGCGUGUUCGUUAGAUCAGUAUUGGUUAUUGUGCAGCGAUCCGUCGGUGAGUGCGACACAAGUUAUGGUUGCAUGACUUCAGCCCCUGAGACGUAGGCUUACUCAUGGCGGAUUCUGAGCUGUUUGUGAUGAGGGCGCCCCCUCUGGAUGGGAGGGAUAUGGAGCUGGAUGUGCUGGGCUUCCUGGACUCUCUGGGGGAGGACAACACCACUGCAGCAGAGAGGUGCUACCGCUCCCACUCCCGCAGCAGUGUCCUGCAGGGCCUGCCUUUUGGAGGGGUGCCCACGGUCCUCGCCAUCAAUGUUGUCCUGUGGAUGUUUCUUUUGCUGAUAUUUUCCUGUUUGAGGAAGGCUGCGUGGGACUAUGGUCGUCUGGCUCUAUUGAUGGAGAAUGACAGCCUCACGUCCCUGUUCUACGGAGAGCAGAGUGAGAAGGAGAAAUCCCCGUCAGAAUCCAGCCCAUCAGACUCAGAGACCAAGGACUUGGGCUUCUGCUCUUGGCUUACAACACUUUACCAUAUGAAGGAUGAGGAGAUCAGGAGUAAGUGUGGCAUCGACGCAACGACCUACCUGUCCUUCCAGCGCCACAUCAUCCUGCUCAUGACUGUAGUCUGCCUACUGUCUUUGGCCAUCAUCCUGCCUGUCAACUUUUCCGGGAACCUCCUAGGGGAUAAUCCAGAAAAUUUUGGAAGAACGACUGUGGCUAAUCUUCCUGCCAAGGACAGCUUCCUGUGGCUCCACAGUAUCUUUGCUCUGCUCUACUUCAUCAUCACAGUGCUGUGUAUGGCCCACCACUCCUCACGCCUGGAGUACAGAGAGGACGAGAAGGUGGCCAGGACUCUCAUGAUCACCUGCAUCCCCAGAGAGAUCUCAGACCCAGGCCUCAUCACCAAACACUUCCAUGAGGCCUACCCCAGCUGUACUGUCACUGACCUCCGCUUCUGCUUCAAUGUACACAAACUGAUGAGGCUGGACUCUGAGAGACGGAAGGCGAUGAAAGGAAGGUUGUAUUUUACCACUAAGGCCCAGAAGGAGGGGAAGAUCAUGAUUAAGACCCACCCCUGUGCAACCAUCUUCUGCUGUGACGUGUGCAGCUUUGAGCAGGUGGAUGCAGAGCAGUACUACAGUGAGUUGGAGGAGAAACUGACUGAUGAGUUUAAUGCAGAGAAGCAUCGUAUCUCGCUCAUGAGGCUGGGCAUCGCCUUUGUGACCUUUCGGGAUGAAAGGAUGACUGCUGUUAUUGUCAAGGACUACAGCCGGGUCCGUUGCCGUCAGAGACCCCAGCAGUCUAGCAUCACCACGGUAGUUCAGUCUCACAGGUGGGGUGUAGACUACGCCCCGGCACCAAGCGACAUCAUCUGGGAGAACCUCUCAGUGUGUGGCUCCCGCUGGUGGCUCCGCUGCAUCCUGCUCAACAUCCUCCUCUUCCUCCUCCUCUUCUUCCUCACCACUCCCGCCAUCAUCGUCAAUACCAUGGACAGGUUCAACGUCACCCGGCCUGUGGACAGCCUGAGGAGCCCGAUCAUCACUCAGUUCUUCCCUACUCUCUUGCUCUGGGCGUUCUCUGUCCUGCUGCCCUUCAUAGUCUAUUACUCAGCCUUCUUCGAGUCUCACUGGACCAGAUCCAGUGAGAACCAAAUCACGAUGCACAAGUGCUUUGUACUGCUGGUGUUCAUGGUGAUCAUCCUGCCCUCACUGGGUCUAUCCAGUCUGGAUCUGUUCUUCAGGUGGCUGUUUGAUGUCAACUUCCUGGAAGACAAGGAUGUUAAAUUUGAGUGUGUGUUCCUGCCUGAUAACGGAGCGUUCUUUGUGAACUACGUGAUCACGUCCAGCCUGAUCGGCACGGCCAUGGAGCUGCUGCGUAUCCCAGCCCUAAUGGUGUAUGCGUUGCGUCUCUGCUUCGCCAAGCCCGGGGCCGAGCGCAUCCACGUCAAACGGAGCCAGGCCUAUGAGUUCCAGUUUGGUCUGGAGUAUGCCUGGACCAUGUGCAUCUAUGCUGUUAGCAUGACUUACAGUAUCACCUGUCCCAUCAUCAUGCCCUUUGGGCUGCUCUACCUGAUCCUGAAACACAUGGUGGACCGCUACAACAUCUACUAUGCCUACGUGCCCACCAAACUCAACCAGCGCAUCCACACUGCAGCCAUCAGCCAGGUCAUCGUGGCGCCCAUCCUCUGCAUGUUCUGGCUCCUGUUCUUCUCUGUGCUCAGACUGGGCCCAAUGCGUCCCAUCACCCUCUUCACCUUUGUGUUGCUGCUCUCCUGCCUUGUCUUCUCCCUCUUUGGCCUAUGCCUUAGGAAACAGCCUGACAAGUCAUCAAGCUACCAGAUGUUUGACCAGAUGUCUGCUGACCAGCCAGCAGAAGGGGCCUUCGCUGAUGCAGAGAGAAGCUCCACCCCCUCCACUACCCCCUCCAAUCUGUUUGUGGCAUCUGUGUUGCUGGAGCCAGAGCUAGGCCUGACCCCCAUGCCCUCCCCAGCUCACCAGAGCUACGGGACCAUGGCCAGCUCCCAGGACAGAGAGGAGGAGGAGGAGGAGGACCAGGUUGAGACUGUCGAGACAGAGCUCCAGGACCCCCCAGACCCCUAUUACUCCAGCCCCCUCAUGGACAGCCCAGUGGGCUACCAGUGACUCACCCCCUCUCCCUGACCUCCAUGCAUAUGUCUUUUUAUAAGGGAGAAAGAUGCUUUUUUUUAAACCCUUUUUUACCCUCAUCCAAUCACCUCAGCCCCUCUGACUGGACCAUGUUUGCGAGAGACCCUUUCGGAUUGUGUCUUUGGAGGUUCUUUGGAACCAAAGGCUGAAAUGGGUUCUUCCCCAGCCCAGUGGCGGGAUGUGGGGACAUCAUCUUAAAGCUGUCAUCAUAAAUCAACCAUACGGAGGAUACUUCAAACAAAAGUGCAUCUGUAGUUUUCUGACUGACUGCUUCAUGGUUGUCUCCCUUUUUUCCCUCUAUAAGUGAAUGAACUGUACCAUACUGUAUGUGACCUGACUGGGAGUGACUGUGUAAUGAAGAAGGACACUAUCUUUGUGUGCCACUAGGAAAGGAGUAGGGGUGAAUUUCACCAGUUCAGUGGGUUUUAACCAAAUGACCCUACUAGACAGAGUGGUAUUGGCUCUAGGGGAUCUGGCUCUGGUGUGGUAGAGCUCUACAAGGCAGAGGGUGAGGGUUGCGGGUUGUGAUCAAGCCAUCUGCAGUGAGAGAACAGGACAGACGGCGGGAGGGCAGAGUGGAACUCAGAGCUCUAACACCCUAUGGAGGAGAAGGCACAAGGGACCUAAUACUGUUGGAUUUAUUGUCAAGGUUCUUAUCUUGCUCUUCUGUACUUGCCAGUUGUAUGUUAUAUUAUUGUGCUGAGGGGCGAGGGGCGGGCUGCGUGUAUUGUUUAAUAACAAUGUAUGUAUAGUACCAUCCCUUUAUUAUUGUUUAUCAAUGACUGUUAUUAUGAGAACAUCAUAGUUGUGUUCAGUAGAAGGAAAUGGGAGAAAAAAAUUCAGAACAGAAAACAAAAAUGAGUGCUCUUAUUGGACAAGUUCAGGUAGCACCUGAAGUCCUCCAUUUCAGAACAUUAUCUCCAAUUUACUUGGGUUUUAAAAACGUUGUGCGUAAAGGUCCGGCAGCAAAAAUAGUCUUGAAAAUAUACUAAUAGUACCCUAUUGCAUCAUGGUUUCAGUAGUCCAAACCAGUCAUCCUCGCCACUACAUGUUGCGAAUGUUGUAUACAUUGUUAUACUUCAUGUCCACCCAUUCAAACUAAACCGCUGUUUCUAAUGCAUCGUAAGACUCAGCUGAUCUCACUGUUUAACACAAUCAUACAGUAACCUUUGCUAGUUUUGUAUUGCGAGUGUUUUGCUGCUCGAGGGAGAGAAGGUUUCCAUGCCAAACUGAAUGUAAACUGAUUGUGGUUUGUAAUUGUGCUCUCUUGCUGUGCCUUGAAGAAAAAGUCUGUUUCGUCUGACAAUCCAGCAUGGCCUGAAAUAUGCUGCAUGGACUAAACUAAAGAGCAGGGAAAAGCGGGAGACAGACUCAAAUAAACAAACACACAUAGAGUAGCAUACUGUAUGUACACAUUCUGGCCAUAGUUCUAUCAAACGCAAUUGAUUGCUAUUAUCCUACUCCCUAAUUUGUGUGAGCAGCCAUCUUCCUAUGUAUAGUGUAUCAUACAAUUCCUUCAACCAAUAGACAAGCAGCAGACCUGGGUUCAAAUACAGUACAUGCAUCUAAGUAUUUAGUAAAAUGCUUAUUUUAUUUUGUGUUUGAGUAUUUUCUAAUAAUGUGGCAGAAAUGAACUACUUCUAUUUGAAGUAUUAGAAAGUAUUUUCUAAUAGUUUCCUAUAAAUAGCCUACUAUUUGAAACUAUUUUGAAAAACCUAUAGGACCAGGUUCGAAUGCAUUGAGUAUUUAAAUGCACUUGUCUGUGUAUUUGAGUAUUUUCAAGUACAUUCCAAUAUUCAACUACUUAUUUUCAAGGAAAACAUAUCCAAAUACUUGCUUCGAAAUGUAUUUUGAAAGUAAUUGAAAUACCCUAAAUAGUAUUUGAACCCAGGUCUGACGAGCAGUGUGCUCCACAGACCACUGAGCUAAUAAUGUUGACUCAUUAUGUGCGGACUGUAUUUGCUAGUCUCAGAUGGGGGUUUUCAAUGGAAGCAUUUGGAUUGUGGCUUAAGGUGCCUUGUUGUCGGUGUCUUUGCAGUUUCUAACUGCUGUAUUCUGUGAUCAUAUAGCCAAGCUCUUUGUAGAUUAUAUAAUGGGAUUUGAAAGUUGUUUCUCUGGUGUCUUUUUUCCCUUGCUAUGAUUUGAUGAUGAGCUGUAGUUAUGUUUGUCAUUUUGUCAUCAUACAUAUAUUGUGGUUCUUUGGUUUUUCCUGAGCCCAAAGAAAGCUACAGAAUGUAUAUAAUAGUACUCCAAAAUUCGAACUGUAUAAUUGUCAACCUACGAAAUGUCACCCAAAGUGUCCAGUGUACUUUAGUGCAGCCCUGGGAAGGUUGUCAUUUUAUAGUCAUUGAAGUAUAUUCUUGAUAUACCCUGAUGUCCUUUUGAAACCGUGUUUGUCAGAAGUGAUUUUGAGAAACUGAGGGAAUAUUAUAGGAGAAAUGUAGUGUCUCAUAAAAUUUGUUUGAGCAGGGAAUAGAACUGUGUUUUAUGAACAAAUGUUCAUCAAAACAAGAAACCAACCUUUUGGCCACAAACUGUAGGCCUAGGUUACCACCUGAGAUCAUUGUGGAGCGCCACAUUAAAAUCAGUUUGAACAGCACAUCCGAGAAACCCCAACCCAGAAAGCCCCUAAGCUCACCAAAUGUGUGCACUGGAUUUCAGCUUCAACAUGUUGUUUCACAGGUCAUACAGUUCAUUAUUAUUUUCUUAUAAGAACAUGUUAAUCCAUUUUUUUAUGGUGGUCACAACGGUUGAUUAUAUUCCAUUUUAGGUCAUGUGCAAACAUCAAAAAGUUGAAGAAAGAAAAUGUGGUUCUUUAUUUCCCAAUAACCAUGCGAGGAGGAAAGUACUUGUAAAACUCACUGAGAUUGAAUGCUAAAUUAGCUCUAUUGUACUUCUGUCAUUUGUGCUCAUACAUCAGAUGCUCUUCACAUGGGUGCCCCGGCUCUAUUUUGGGGAUCCAGUGGUUUUCUACUUUGGCCAAGCUCUUAUCGUCAUCCUUUACAGGAAACUGGUGUGUCCUUUCUUAAGUACUACUUAUAGAUUUCUCUGAACCAUUUACUUUCGCAGGGAAAUAAAGUAAAACAAACAUGUCA